CACUCCAAGUCUAAUUAGUUAGGUGUGUUUUUGACUGCGACCGAGGCGGAUCAUUGCUACUCGCGGUGCCAAAUUGUUUACACAAAAGUUGUAAAUAAAUGAAUCGAAAAUAUAAAUAAAUACGUACUGAAAAGGUGCUGAUAGCCAAUGGCAGUGCAAAUGUAACGCGGGUGCUGCGUGUUUGUGCAAAAAAGUGUGUUACGCACAUACACAAGUGCUGUGGUUUCUGACUUGCUUCAAUUUGCUCCGAAAAUCUGAAUAACAACAAACAAAUAUAGCCGACAUCAUCAUCGAAUCAUCAAUAAAAUCAGCAGAAACAGAGGCAAAAGCAGCGGCAGCGCGUCGACGUGCUUGUAUUGUCGACAGGAAAAAGUCAACACCUUAAAAGAUGUCCAAUAUGAACUUCUAUGAACGCCUCAAUGCGUCCGCAACGGCAAGUUUUGAUGAGCUUAAGCGCAAUUAUAAGCAAUUAAUACUACAAUGUCAUCCAGAUAAAUUACAACAACAACAACAACUAGAAAAUCAUCAACAGAGCGAUUUAACUGUAAACUCCAAUGAGAGCGACCCAAAUCGAGAGAGUGACAACAAUUUCAAUGCGAUAAAUGAAGCCUGGAAUACACUAAAAGAUCCCAUAAAGCGUAAACUCUAUGAUGCCGAAUUAUUGCAGACAAAAUUUGAAACGCACAUCAACAUUUAUGCCACCAUCACGUUAAAUGACAUGCAGCGCACUCAAGUUGUCGAGGAGGCGGAGGAGGAGGAGUGUGAUGAAAACGACACAGACAAAGAGACGACAUCGUCAACGUCGUUGAGUUUUGCCUAUGCGUACAACUGUCGCUGUGGCGGUCAGUAUGUGGUUGAUGAGUCAGCGGAACAAAGAGAGCAGCUAAAAGCAAGUGAAAUGAUUGUUGAGUGUAGUGAAUGUUCUUUGGUGAUUAUUGUGAAACCAGUUGCAAAUAAACAAUAAAAAGAUAUGACAAUAAAUGCUGUGUGUGUAAUAAAAGAUGAA